AUGGCAGAACAACACACCUUCGACUCUACCCUAUUUUCUCAAACAAUCACCAACCCAGCAAUGAUCUCGACACCCCUGCCCCCACCACAGCAAGAAGCCAUGAUGCCCACCACCAUCAAGCUGGAGAUGAUCGAGGGCUAUGACAACUCCCCUUCACCCGCACAACACUCAUCCAGCUCGUCAGAGCCCUCACACACCCCGGCGCCCGAGAGCCAAAGUGGCUCAAAACCAGUCAAAAAGCGCAAGUCGUGGGGCCAAGUCCUCCCUGAACCAAAGACUAGCCUACCCCCACGCAAGCGUGCCAAGACCGAGGACGAGAAGGAGCAACGGCGCAUCGAACGUGUGAAGCGCAACCGCCUCGCCGCCCACAACUCACGGGAACGCAAGCGACAAGAGUACGAAGUGCUCCAGACGGAGAAGGAUGAGCUCGAAGCCAGUAUGCAGGCCUACAAACAAAAGAUUGGCGCAAAGGGAAACCGGAGCUCAACUUUCUACCGCUCAAAGGAUCCUGGGGGAGACCCCCUCAGCCAGGCUUUGACCUCUCCCAACCCACCCACGGGAGCCUUUAAAAAAUCAUCUGCCCAGGCCCAGAAACCCAAACCUCCUUUCCGCAGCCCCGAAACCGAAGGAGCAGAAGAGAUCCAUCCCGGGGCGCCUCUCGACGAGAAGCCCGCCAUGGAAGACCUCUUCGACUUCGACCAAGCCUCAAAGCGUUGUUCAACAACCACUUCUCCAGUGGAGCCCGCUUUUACUAUGGUGGACCCUUCUUCAGUCGAUAUCUUCAACUCAAACUUGUAUGAACAAAGCUUUCAUUCAAACUCUUACGGGCUUCUGGACAGCUUUGAUGCAAAGUUCAACGACUUGCAGAGUGCCUCUGGCGCAACUUCGGUUAGCGACGAGGCCCUCGCAGCGGGACAAUUUUAG